CCAAAAGCUAUACGAUAUUACAGAGAAAAGUUAAUUCUCCCACAUCCGGAAAAUGUUUGUAAUGGUGUAGUUCUGUUAACUAAAUUCAUGCUAAUGUUGGUUUUUUGAUAGCUCUCCUUGUCCCAGAAUUGACCAGAAUGCACCGCGCGGCCCAUUGACAACGCAUGAGCAACGUGUUCUAUGAGCGUUCAUAAAAUUCCAAUGGAGUUUCCCCUUCUCCUCAAAAGUCUCUGGUUGAUUUUCGCGCACUAAGCUAAUUAUUUGACAUAUCGUGAGUAUUAGUCAAGCCGUCGUCCGAAAUAGGAAUAUCGAACAUGCAACUGUAAUCAGAGUAAGUAGCUACUUAUGAUCCACGCAUAGCGCUUGUUUACGGAAGACAACGCUACGGAAGACAACGCGACCACCUGUGCUGAUUACCUUUUUAAACUGCGUGGUUCGAGCCCUGAAUGCUGAUUGGCUGACUGCCGUAUACCACGGGAGGAACAGCAGAUUGAACAGCCAGCCUUUAGUUCUGUAUGGAACUGCAGAAUGUGCCUUACACACACCAGUCACCAUGAGGUUACCGAAGAUUGCCAGUGUUUUUGUCUUCUUGGGCUGCCUGGCAGCUUACCUGAUGUUUGUUACGCACCACUAUGAUGGUGUAAGGCCAGCCAUCUCCAAAAUACCACCUCACUUCCACCCCAGAUUGGGCUUGUCGGGCAGCCCGAACAGACCAACCUCCUCAGAAGUGGUCAGCGGACGUUUCCAGUAUGGAGUUAUGUUUGAUGCUGGGAGCACAGGGACAAGGAUCCAUGUCUUCAAGUUUCAACUGGAGGACAAUGAAGCUCCUAAAUUGGCACAUGAAACAUUCAGAGCAAUAAAACCAGGUCUAUCUGCAUAUGCUGAUAAUCCAGAAAAGUGUAAAGAAGGGAUCUUGGAGCUGUUGGAGGUGGCCCAGGACAGCAUUCCCUCCUCAGUGUGGAGCAGCACUCCUCUGGUCCUCAAGGCCACUGCAGGCCUUCGCCUUCUGCCUGGGGAGAAGGCCACACACCUACUGGACAGGGUGAGAGAGGUGUUUGUGGAGUCUCCAUUCCUGUCCAGAGGGGACAGUGUGUCCAUAAUGGAUGGCGCUGAUGAAGGGAUCUCUGCUUGGAUCACUGUCAACUUCCUCAUAGGGGGUCUCCACCGCUCUGACACACCCACUGUGGGGAUGCUGGAUUUGGGAGGGGGGUCCACCCAGAUCACCUUCUCCCCUCAGGAUGAGAAGACCAUCCAGACCUCACCCAUCGAUUACAUGACAUCAUUUCAGAUGUUCAACAGCACCCACACACUCUACUCACACAGCUACCUUGGUCUAGGCUUGAUGUCGGCAAGACUAGCUGUCUUGGGAGGAAUCGAGGGACAGCCUUUAGAGGGCAGCAGCACAGAGCUAGUAAGUCCCUGCUUGGCCCCGGACUACUCUGGCCAAUGGGAACAUGCAGAAGUUCUGUAUACUGUGAAGGGCCAGAAAGCAGGAGAGCCCAUUUAUGAAUCCUGCCUUAGGAAAGUGGAGAAGGUGCUGUAUAGGAAGGUGAAGAAGGCAGAGGAAGCCAAAGAUAUUGAAUUCUAUGCCUUUUCAUACUACUAUGACAGAGCUGUGGAUCUGGGCGCUAUUGAUGAGAAAACAGGAGGGAUUAUUAAAGUCAGCGAUUACAUUGACACUGCUAAAAGAGUGUGCAACGGAAUGACAGUUACUCCCAUAGAGAAUCCUUUUCUUUGUCUGGAUCUAACCUACAUCUCUACAAUGCUGCAAGAGCUUGGUUUUCCCAAAGAAAAAGUAUUUAAGCUGGCGAGGAAGAUUGAUGAAGUGGAGACUAGUUGGGCUCUGGGGGCUACUUUCCACUACAUAGAGUCCCUCCACAGUCAGUGAGCUGCCAGUUUCACCUCACUUGCUGCUGCCAUGACAUGCCAGUGUUUAUGUGCUGCAAAGUACACUCAGGCCAUUUUCCCAAAGUGAUUGUACUUGUUUUUCUGUGAAGUUUUCAAAAUUGUAGUUUAUUUUACCAGUUGCCUUUUGAAUGUUUGACUUUAUUUUAGCAGGUGUGGUUGGUUUAUACUUAAGGAAUGUUGGUUGUGUAAUAAAGCACAUGCUACUGCUGUAGUUUAAAGGAGCAUGACCAAUUACAUAUUUGGUAUUUGAAUAUAA